AUGAAUCCUAAUAAUAACAGUAAUGGCACUUUCAACCAGGACGAGAAUAAUAAUAACUUUCUGCUAAAUUUGGAUAAUUUUAAUAAUUAUAGUAAUAAUAAUCUUCAACUUGGUGAGGAUAAUUUUUUGGGAGGUAAUGAAUUCAAUUCAUCCCAACAAGAGAAUCUUGGGUCUUCAGUAAAAUCCGAUCCUUUCUUGGAAGAUUUGGAUUCGUUAAGUUAUAAUCAACAUUUACAAAGUCCGCCUCAAAAUCAACCACCAUUUGGUCGUCAACAAUACACUCAACAACAACAACAAGCACCUCAAUUCAAUCAAUUUUUAGAUCCAAGCCAGCAGACCACCAAUUUGGAUGAACUUAUUUCUCCAGAAAAUGACGCAUCGCUUGGAUUCACAAGUAAUCAAGAAUCUACUAGUUUUUUGAAUCCGCAAUAUUUUUCACCUCCUAAUAGUAGGUCCAAUUUCAAUCCGUUGAAUUCAAUUGCUGAAGAUAGUCUAUCGAGUUCUUUCAAUAAUAGUAGUUACCAUUCAAGACAUGGUAGUAUAAGUGUUGCACCCCCUACUAACAUGUAUAAGGAAACAAAUAAUACUUUUGAUAUGAAUGCCGGUUCUUAUUUAUCGCCACCAGCAAAUUCCCAAUUUAUGUCACCCCCAACAAAUUCAAAUUAUGAUAAUUCUUUUGAUACUUUGGUUUCCCCAAAUUACAAUGCAUCUGGUUCUUAUUUAAAUUCUCCUCCUUCAAACUAUCAAAGUAUGAGAGUUCCAAAUAAUAAUAAUUUAAGUACUAGUAUCCCUAAUAAUGGAUUGAAAACAAAUAUGCUUUCUCCUCCAAAUACAAGUGGUCAUUUUGGUACUUCUGCGCCAAGUACUACUUCAAUUGAUCAGUAUAAUAAUCUGCAUUCUCAUCUUACUAAUCCAGGGGUGUCUACUAAACAAUUAACUAAAGAAGAAAAAUUAAAACGUCGUAGAGAAUUUCAUAAUGCCGUUGAAAGAAGAAGACGUGAUCUUAUCAAAGAACGUAUAAAAGAAUUAGGUUUAUUAGUACCUCCUUCUCUAUUGAAUCCUCAAUUAAGUGCAGUUCAAACUUUACAAAAAUCUUCUGAAUUUAACUCGAAAGAAAUUAAUGAAUUAUUAUCUUCAAUUAAAGUUAAAGAAACAAAACCAAAUAAAUCAACUAUUUUAAAUAAAUCAGUUGACUAUAUAAAUCAUUUAAAAUAUGUUUUAGAAGAACAAGAUAAAGCAAAAUCAAACUUAGAAAUUCAAAUUAAAUCAAUUGAAGAAAGAUUAGGUACUACCACAAUUUCAAAUGAUCAAAAAAAUUUCCAAUCGAAUCAUCAACCACAACAACAAAAUUUUAACCAGGGCUCCCUGGGUGGUGAUUUCUUUAAUCCAGACGAAUUCUUCUCUGACUUGGUUGCUACCGAGUCAAACCAAGGAUUGAACACUGGGCUCAACUCUAAUAACUUCUAA